CUUGUUUGGUGGUUCCCAGUCUGUGAUAGCUAGCUAGUCCGGGCUGAUCCAUCCCGCAGCAUCCCGCCGUGUUUUCCUCCUCUCACGCACCUCAGAGUGCUCACAGGCCGACCGCACAUUAUUAUCAUCCCCGCUUUAUUACUGUUUGCUAGCACCGAUUAUGGGAGCGAAUUAGCCUGUGAGGCGUUCACGUUUAUUCCGUAAUAAGCUAUCCCAGGAGAGGUCUGCAGGAGGGACGACGAACCAGAACGCUCCUCUGAUGUCCGCUCGGUUUGUUUGUGAACUCAGCGCGGCUAACGCUGCUACCAGCUAACGCUGGGCAGGUCAGUUAGCUGCCGUUAGCUGCCGCCCCUGAAUGCAGGCAGUCUGCUGCGGUGCUUCCCUGUUAUCCCCGCACACCAGCCCCAGUCCCCGGACUCAGUGAGGCUGUGGAGGAGGCACAACCUUCAGUCAGCCGUUUGGUUUCAGUUAGCAAAAUGGCUGAAUUUAUCGUGCCGACCUUGAAAGUAAUAACGGCAUGACAUAUUAUUUAUAGCAAGCUAACUGCUCAGAAAAUGUUCAGCUACACGACAUCGUUAGCUCGGUGAUGUAAGCGACUGCCUCAAUAUUAUCAAUAUGAAUUAUGUUAUUUUCCUGUUUGGAGUUGGUGUCAGAAUUCCUUCAUGCUAUUCACACACGUUUUAUACACUACAGUUGUUAAAUCGCUGUGUAUGAGUGUGAGCAUCUCUGAUUGAAAACAAUGGGAUCCGUUAGCCACAAGCUAGCAGCAGGCGGAGAUGCCCGGCGGCCUCCGUCGGUCCGGCAUCAGAGAGGCGGCUCUGCUCGGGCUGCACAAUGGCCUCCGCUGCCAGGGACAGCCUGUCAUCACAAAACACUGAGGGCCAUUAUUUAACCACUACAAACCACGUGAUUAAUGGACCCCCAGUGAGGCUGCUGCUUCAGAUGUAUCAAAAUCAGGACGCUUCACUCCCGGGCUCUCAGUGUGAGCGGCCCCUGACCUCAUUUACUCCAGGAGCCAAACUCCUCAGGACUUUGACGCGGAGGUCCGGGCGGACGCAGUGAGGGCUCCACUUCACAUAAUCUUUAUGACGGAUAUAUCAGAAUUAAAGGUGUGUUGCCAGGGGCAACAGCUGACUGACUAUGUCCUUGUGAGAGUGAGCGGGGCUACCUGGCCCUUAGGUGGUGAGGAGGAGGAGGAGUCUCAGCCUUCAUCCCCUCCCCUUUCCUGCUCCUACGGACCAGACGGACGGACACACCAACGGGCGUGGCUCUCCCCUCCCUCCUCCUCCUCCUCCUCCUCUCCCCCUCUCCUCCCCGUUCUCUCCCCCUCCUCCUCUCCCCACCUCCUCCCCUCCUCCCUCCCCUGUCUCCCCACUUGUCCCCUGCCACCAUGCUGUGGUCUCGCUGCUGGUGGAGAGCCUGAGGAAGCAGACUCUGGAAGGCGACCCUGCUCAGCCAGGGGACCUGUACCUGUCCCUGCUGGACCCUAAAACCCUCGCAGAGUGCUGGUCCCCAGAUGGCUUGAUGCCUGAGAGCAGCUACUGGCAGCUCUGCCCUCCCUCCAAGUCUGGCCUGCAGGGGGGGUUACUGAGCUCUAGUUUCCCCCCCGGCCCCGUGCCCCUGGUGCCCCCAGAUGCUCACCUGCAAGAGGGGGGUGACCCCCUGGACGGCACCCCCUCUCAGCCACUGCAGCACCGGCCCCUGGCACCCAGCACCUCAGCGUCCGAGCUGUCUCUCCCCGGAGCACCGGCGGCCCCUCCUGGCCCCGGGCCCCCUCCUCCCCCUCCCCCACCCCCUAAACGUCACUGCCGCUCGCUGUCGGUGCCUGAGGACCUGUCGCGCUGCCGCUACACCUGGCGCCCCAGCGCCUCCCGGGUUUGGACCCCCGUCAGUCGUCAGCAGUGCCACGGUGGAGCUGGGGGAGGGCUCGCAGCUGGGGGGGUGGCUACAGGAGGAGCGGGUGUAGGGGCAGGUGCAGCAGGGGGAGGAGCCUGUCCUCUGCGUGCUCCCAGCUCCUCUCUGAAUUCGUCGCUACACUCCUCGUCCAGCCCCACCUUCUUCAGCCUGGCGCUGUCUCCGGACUCCCCGCUGCCCUGGAGCUUCCCCUGGGACCCCAGCGAGGCAGCAGCAGGGGGAGGAGCCUGCUGCUGCUUCUUCCCCUCACCCUCCUCCUGCUCCUCCUCGCCCUCCCCCCUCCACCCGCCUCCCCCUCCUCAGAGGCGUUUCUCCCUCUCCCCCGUGCUCAUCAGAGACUCAGCGGCUUCCACAUUCCUGCCUCCUCCCCCUGUGCCGAGCCAAGCUGUGGCACCCCCACCGGUCGGUUCUGCCGGAGCGACCGGGGGGGGCCCGGUGCCUGCCUCGCCCUCCUCGGCCUGCAGCACGCCGUCAUCUCUGCGGCGCACCCUGCCGCCACAGCUGCCGCGCUGCCACUCACAGCCCUGCGAUCUGCUGCUGCUCAAACCAGGUCUGAAGAGGCGUCGCGACCCCGAUAGACCCUGCGCCCGCCCCGUCCUCGACUUCACCAAGAUGACUCAGACACGCAGCAUCGACCCGCAGUGUCUGGAGCGCGGCGGCAGGCUGGUCUGCGGCGCGGACGUGUGCAUGGGCAUGGAGGCCUUCAUGGGCGACUUCCGGGGCUCUUGCUCGCCGGCCGAGUGCCUGGGCAGGACCAGCAUCGGCCCGCUGAGCGAAAGUGACGAAGAGUGCCGCGAGGACGACGACGAUGACGGGGAGGAGGAGGCGGAGGAGCGCGAGGCGGCACAGCAGGCGGUGUUUGAGAGGGAUUGUACAGAACUGGACUUGAACUUAAUAGAAGAAAACUGACUCAUUUGUAAAUGGAAGGCUGUUCUCUGUUUCAGUUUUUUAAUUUCGUUUUAUUUUGAAACGAUCGGGACCCCCUCCUCACUUCACCUCCGGACCACAACGGUCUCAACACUAAUCAGCAAAGCUCUCAGGAACAACACCUUCUCUCAUUGGACGAGCUGAUUGAUGACGACAGUGAUGAUCUGACUACCACCAAACACUCAGCACUGAUGAGGGUCUCUCUGGUCGCCUGUGCUGAGAGGAAACCUCCACACUCUGAGUCCCAGUCCCAGUCCCAGCGGUUUGUCCUGCUGCCUCACCUGUGAGACGUCGUUCAGGUAUCUGAAGCGCAGGUGGAGGCUUUUCUGUGGCGGGACUCGGACUGUUCAGGUGCUUCUUGGCGUCCAGGUGUCUUCCAACACACAGUUGCUGAGUGUCUCUGUAACACACGACAGUCUGAUGAGGACGCGCUGCAGCUCCACCCUGAAACCCCAUCACCACGCCUGCCACGCACACCAGAUCUGUUCGUUCACGGAGUCCGCAUUUAAAGGGUCAGUUUGCACCACCAGCUCGUCCCUUUAAUAGCAAAUAAACACAAAACUCCAAAGCAACAAGCUUGUUGAAGUUUUAGUCCCACAAAGGACAUCCGCAGAUGUUUCAGGUCGUAGUUUCAUGUUACCGAUCAGUGAAAUAAAAUCACAUGGCAGAUGACGAACGGCUGGUGAGCGUCAGGAGGACGGAAGUGACUCUGCUUCUGUCUGUUUGUCCUUCAGAGUACAGAGUGUUUCUGUAACUCAGAGACAUGAACACGAGCUGAGCCUUCAAACCCACACCGAGCAGCUCCUCGCUCGUCACACGCAGACGUGAGUGUGGAUUCUCUUUGGUUUGUGGUCACUAAAGCUGCUGCCGUUCGUCGUGAUACUCAGAGUGAGCAGAACCGAUGGCGUUUCGCUGGCACAACAGUAACAGUUCAUACUCUGGUGUCGCAUGAGAAACAAGAACAUCAUACACACGUACGUGUCGCAGUCAUGUGACCUCAGCGUGGUGAUGCGUUCAGGCGUGCUGCUGUUUUGAGGUGUCCUCUAAUCAGGCUGCACUGAGGGCAGGUAGUCACUGAUGCUGUUGUUCACCUGAGUGUUCACACAUUCCUGUCACACAUCCUGCUCAUUCACUCCUGUGUGUGUGUGUGUGUGUGUGUGUGUGUGAGAGAGAGUGUGAGACCUGGCCCACCUGGUGGUUGUGUGACUCUGGAGCUGGAGCUGCACUUUGAACAGCCAGAGUGUGCUCACACCAGUCGAGUGUUAAAUGUUAACUCACUUUCCAGAAAAUCAGCAUAAGAAAAUAUUCAGAGAACGUUAGCAGUUGGACGGCAGGCGGGGUUUACUCUCCAGCCUUCAAACCGCUGCGCAAGACGAACGGGACGCUUUGACGAGACGACUUUGUCUUUGAAGAACAGGAAGAAAAUCAGAGGUUUCUGUUGAGGAAGGUCACGGCCUCCUCAUCGCUCCGCACACAGCUGACGCUUUCUGGGUGACGUUUGAGUCACGCGUUCUGGUCUGUAAUCUUCUCACCAGAUCGAACCUUUACCUCUGGUCCAGACGUCUGAGCCGUCAGUCUGCCGCUUUGCCACACAACAGGAAGGGAACGAAUGAAAGCAACAUGUGAGACGCUCCAAUGAGAGGACAAGUUGACUGCAGCCUCCUCUCUGAUUAGACCUGCUUAGUCUUUGAUGGAUCCAAUCAGUGGGCUGAUAAUCAGGCGCUGUGACCUCACACCGAAGGUCAAACAGCAGCAGAAGUUUUGAUUGGCAGAUGAGCAGUUUAGGGACAAGUCAAUUCUGUAACAACAGAAGACAGUAAACUUUUUGUAAUCGGACGCAGUCAAAAUGUUGUGUAACUGAUGACUUUUGAUCGAGUCAUGAGACGAUGAUGUUUUCAGUGAGGAGAGGAAAACCCCUUCAGAUGCAGCUCAGUGAGGUUUAGGCUCUCGAUGCUGAAGAUGCACAGAACCACCAGGUGUGAAUGUGGUGACUGAAAACGCUUGCAGUUUGUCAUGUGAUUCAACCCACAAAAAGAACCAAACUGUUCAGGCUCAGUUUGACGUCUCUGAGAGUCAAACUUCAGCUGCUUUCUUCACUCUGAAGAGUGUUUGACAAACUCUUCAGUGGUGCGUUCAGGGACUCUACUGGCGUCUCAGAGCUGACGGUCAGCUGCUGAAAAAGCAUCCAAUAGCCAGAAGACAAUCAGCAACCAAACAGGAAGAUUACUAAAAAGAUCGUGUUUGAAAUGUGAUGGGACGACUGUCAGGUCUCAGAUGUCCAAAGUCCUGAAUGCAACGGAAAGAUGAAGGUGUUGACUGUGCAGAAUCACCUUCCCUUUGAGUGGACUGAAAGCAUGUCAGCGAGCAGUGUGUGUGUGUGUGUGUGUGUUUGAACUGAAAAACUCGGCUCAAGGAAACCGUUCAGCGUUUUCAGAAAACCCAUUCAGACGGAUGUUUACAUGUUCCGUAUGGGAGCUGGAGUCAGGGUGUGGUUAGCCUAGCUUAGCAUAAAGACAGCAGACCACAACGCGUUGUGAGCAUAUUGUCUCAGCCUCCGACUUGUAAUUCCUGUUAGGGACAAAAUCUUCCUCUUAGUGAAAAGAUCCACAGAUUAGCCAGUGAGCUGCACCACUGCAAACAUCCAAAUAAUUCCAGUUUUUAUUUAAUAAUGUAACACCGAGCCCGUUCAGCUCGCGCUGCAGGACGUAGACACUGCAUCGCUUUAACAAACUGCAAACAAGGUGGAUCCUUCAGGCUGCGUCUCAGGUGUGGCUGCAAGGUGAGCAUGACGUCUAAACAUGUUGGAGAAAAGGUGUUUUCCCUCUUCUUCCCACUCUGUAGUUCAUCUCUGCACUGAGAUCCUCCAGAAGCCCCGUUCAGCAGCACGGAGGCCAACGUCAGGACCUGCAGGACUGAUGAAGUUCACAUCAGCCUGAGCUUAUGAUUAGCUCGCGUUAGCAUGCUAACCCAGUCAAACAGGAUGUGAAUGUAUACCGUCAGCGGCUUGUUAGCAUGCUGAUGUUAGCCUUUAACUCAAAGCUCUGCGCUGUUUGUGUUGAACAGGUGGGGUGCGGCAUGUUAGGGACGUAGGCAGGUGGACGGAGUCACACCAGCUGUUUCCUGUCUCCCUGUGAGGCUACGCUAACCACACCCUGACUCCAGUUGUGCUCUUCACACAGACAUGGGACUGACACUCACCUGAACAUCUCACUGUCUCAGAGACGAGAUGUUGAACUGCUCCUGUCAGGUAUGACUGAAGUGUGAAUGAACACAAUCUGUUCACCCAAACUGAGAAAUCGGAUUUAAAAAAGUGACGAGUCCAGAAACAACGUCCUCAUUACACUCACACACACACACUCUCACACACUCUCCUGGUUUGUUCGUUUUUGUCCACGGCUCCAUAACACUCAGCAUACGCCUUAAAUGAACGUAUUCUAUUAUUCUGUAAAUCAAAACGUUAAAAGAAAAAAAGUCAAAAACUAACAAAGAAGAAAAGGAAAUGUGUACUGUAGCUGUUACAUUUUUAGUCCCUCUGUUCAUUAUUUUCUGCUGUUUUUUCUUAAUAUUUCUAAUCUGAUGUCUGACGAGGUGUCGCGAUCAAUCGCGUCGCGUUUGACUGAACAGAAGAAGCUCGAGGCGGAGCAGCGAAGGAGGUGCAGCGUUCAAACAGGCGGAGACUCGGGCAUCUCUUGUCUUUUAGAAAUGUUUUUUAUUGUAUGUGAUUAAAAAAAGAACAAUGACAACAUGGCAAUUUGAAAAGCAGUUUGUGAAUAAAUUAAGUUUAUUGAGAAUUAUUUUACAAAGAAAGAGAAAA